AUGUCUGGCACCGAUUACAAGUUCGAAGGCUGGCUCGGCUUUGACAAGAGCUCUGCCCAUGGCAACAUGCAGUGGGGCGAGUUCGAGCCCAAGCCCUGGGAGGAGACCGAUAUUGAUAUCAAGAUCGAGUGCUGCGGCGUCUGCGGUUCCGACAUUCACACCUUGAGGAGCGGUUGGGGCCCUACCAACUACCCUUGCUGCGUCGGUCACGAGGUUGUCGGUACCGUCGUCCGUGCUGGUUCCAAGGUUGAGGGCGGCAUCAAGGUCGGCGACCGUGUUGGUGUUGGUGCUCAGAGCGACGCCUGCCGCAACCGUACCGACAAGGAGUGCAAGAUCUGCGCCGACGGCAACUACAACUACUGCCGCGUCCACCACGUUGGCACCUACAACGGUGUCUACAUGAACGGCGGCAAGUCUUAUGGCGGUUACGCUACCUACCAGCGUGUCCCCUCUUUCUUCGCCGUCAAGAUUCCCGAGUCGAUGCCCUCUUCUCACGCCGCCCCCAUGCUUUGCGCCGGUGUCACCACCUACGCUCCCCUCAAGUUCCACGGUGUCGGCCCUGGCAAGCGCGUCGGUGUCAUUGGUCUCGGUGGUCUCGGCCACUUUGGUGUGAUGUGGGCCAAGGCCCUCGGCGCCGAGGAGGUCGUUGUCAUCUCCCGCAGCUCCAGCAAGAAGGCGGAUGCCAUGGCCAUGGGUGCUACCGGCUUCAUCGCCACUGGUGAGGACCCCGAGUGGCUCAACAAGAACAGGUCAACUCUCGACAUCAUUCUCUGCACCGUCUCCUCCGCCGACAUGCCUUUCAACGACUACCUCUGCCUCCUCGACCUCGAUGGUGUCUUCAUCCAGGUCGGCGCCCCUGACGAUGAUCUCCCCCGCAUCAAGCAGAUGGCCCUUAUCUUCAACCGCAUCAAGCUCACCGGUUCCCUCAUCGGCUCGCCCGACGAUAUCCGCGAGAUGUUCCAGCUCGCGGUUGACAAGAAGGUCCAGCCCUGGAUCAGCGAGAUCCCCAUGAAGGAGGCCAACAAGGCCAUUGUCGACUUUGAGGACGGCAAGCCCAGGUACCGUUUCGUCCUCAAGAACGAGGACUACACUCCUGUUCCUGCUCAGGCUUAG